CAGCAAACGAAGCACCUUGCUAAUCGUUUAGGCCGACGUGGAGAUACUGAAAUUUGAAUCUUCUCUUUUUUUGAAUUCUAUAUCCUUGAUUUGGACGGACCAACUCCCGACGGCGCCAUGAACCGCUAUCGAAAUGCCCCGGGACUCCGAUCCGGCCCUAGCAAAGCUUCUCCGACGACUUUAUGCCAGAAAUGCCUGAAACGAGGACAUUAUAGCUAUGAAUGCAAGGCAACGGCGCAGGAGCGUCCAUAUACGGCUCGGCCAUCAAGAACCCAACAACUGCUGAACCCUCGGUUGAUGCCCAAGCUCUCAGAGGACGUGCCUACUGAUUUGGAGCGAACGACUGGUGUGGCAGACGAGAUUCUUGCAAAACGCGAGGCGGAGCGUGGCCGGAAGAGAGACCAUGAUACGGAUGAUCUCGAAGACCGCUACGGUCAGUCUUCAAAGCGAGCAAGGUCUCUCUCAACAGAUUCGGCAGAUUCGAUUUCAACAAUCUCUACUAAUCGAUCUACGUCUGCAUCGCCCGAGCGCCGCAGCAGACAUGGCUCACAUGCCAAUGGUCGUCGCAGCUCAGUAUCACCACCUACCGGAGAAACUCGUAAGAGGAGGUACAGCGAUGCGUCGGAUGGUUCGUCUGCAAAGUCCUACUCUUCGGGCGACAGGCAACGAUCCAAAUCCAGAUCCCGGGAAUGGACCGAUGACAGGAACAUUCGACGACGACGUCGGGAAAGCAGCCCAGAAGAACGUGGAAGAAACCGUGAUUCAAAGAAACAUGACUCUCGGAACACCGACCGACGCAGCCAGAGUGUGGACAAGAGUCGUAUCGCAAAAGAGCGCCGUUCUAUGACGCCAGACGCCACCUAUGACCGUUCAGAAAAACGCACAUAUCGAGAUCGAGAACCUCUACAAGGCCAACCGCAGGGCGGACGGUCGAGACAGGACCCCCGUUCGCGUGGAGGACCACCCCGAGAACGAAGCAUGAGUCCCUACAGCAAACGGCUUGCGUUGACUCAAUCUAUGAAUCUGGGUCGGUAGAACUGGAAUACUAAGGAACAAGUCCUUCUCUCGCUCUUUUGCGGAUCGAAUAUUACGGUGGAUUGAUUUUGGGCAUGAGUGGUGCAAGUAUGGUUCGUGGCGAGCGAGCAUUGCCAACUUUCUGGUUUCAUUGACCCCAUUGGAACACCUUGUAUUAAUAGCAUAUCCAUACUUCCCAAUGUGCAAAACCUUUUCAACGCCACUUUUUCUGUCUGUAACAGUGCCACCGGUCCCAAAUCAGACGCCCCGGACCAUGAAGAAAAAAAAAACCAGCCUGACUUGGUAAACAUAGCAGACGAUCAAAAAGAUUAUCAAAAAGAAACGAAAAAUGUACAGGAGCACGAGAGCCAAAACAGUGCCGGUAAGUCGGCCGUAUAGGGUAUCACUUCAAAUCGUAUCCUCAUCGUUGUCGACUUCCUGCUCCCGCAUAUGAAUCCCCUCCACUAGCGCAUCACCCUCAAUGCCAACAUCCUCCCCUCCUUCACCGUUCGAAGUUGCACCCCGUUCCUUAGCCACGCGCUGUGCAUUCUCUAUCCGUUGUCGUACCAGGCGGGCAAUAGCGUUCUCUGUCCGCACGUUGAGAAUCUUGAGCUUUUCGUCCAGAUCCCGCCGCAGGUCCCAAUUAGGCUUCUUGGGUUGCAGCUUGAAUAGAUCGAUAGGCUGAUCGCCAUCUUCAUCCUUCUGAGCUUGUUCCUUCACAGCUUCAGCGAUCUCGGCGGCUUGUGCCUCCACCGUCACUUUGCCCUCAUGCGGAGCUUGCUCGAAGCCCAAUUUUGGCCCGCGGGUCUCGGCAUCGUAAUUGCGGCCAGAGAGGAAUUUUGUUGUCACAUCUGAGGCGGACUUGUCUGCGUUUUCACUAUCGGCACCGGCCUCUGUCGGUUCUUCAAUUUCUGGUUGCUUGCGCUUAAGUGCGGCGAGCUUGGCCAGGCGGGCUUUGCGGUCGUUCGAGGCCGCGUCUAGCGAGGCGUGGUUGGAGGACAUGGUGUGUAGGUGGUAGGAAUGGAAAAAAGAUAGGAGGAGAAAAGCCAAGCUGUCGUAUCAGGAGCAACAGUCGCAAAGGCAAUGCAAAAGAAUGAACCCAAAGUCCUCUGCUCCGUUGAAAAAUGUGGAGGCGCG